CAGCUUCCACAACAUCCGGCACGACUGCCGCCGCAACGUUUGCCAUUACCGGAGAACCCCAGAAAUCCAAAUCACCCCAAAGAUCCUCGCCUCGAUCGAUGCCUCCGACGAUGAGCGGCGCCCCGGACUCUCCGCGCGACGGCAUUCUCCUCCUCCUCCCGGCCCCGGAUGCCGCCGGGGAGAAGGCGCACAGGGCGGCGUCCCAGCCAGGGGGCGCCCGCGGCAAGAAGCCGGCGGCCGGGCUCGUGCGGGUGUGGUCGGAGGCGGAUGAGGUCCGCAUCCUCGAGGGCCUCGCCGCGUACGCCGCGGCCCACGGCGCGCCGCCGGGCCGGUCCCAGCUCCACGCCGCGCUCGAGGGCCGCGGCCUGGACAAGGCCGUGUUCACCGUCACGGAGAUCUACGAGAAGGUGCGGCGGCUCCGGACCAAGUACUGCAACCUGCGCGCCGCCGGGGGUCCGCCCGUGCCAGAAGGCGGCGCUGAUGACGGCGAUGAGGUGCGCAGAUACAAGCUCUCGACGGCGAUUUGGGGCGACCAGCCGGCCAAUGUCGCCAAGAAAGGGCGCAGCACCAGCGCCGAUGCAAUGCCGCUCAAAGCAGGCGGCGCCAGCACACGCGUGCGCAGGGGGUUCGAGGAGCUGCAGGGCCUGUUCCCCAGCCUUGCCAGUGAAGUUGAGAAGAUCACCAAGGACGAGACUCUGGUUCCAGUGCUGAAGAGGGCCUUUGAACUUAUCGAUGACCAAAAAGCAGGUGAAUUGAAUGCCAAAGUGAAGAAACAGAAGGUUAGGGAGGUGAAGACGAGGAUGAACCAAGACGCCCUGAGGGUUGAGGUACUUAAAAUGCUUAUCAGAUCCAUGGACUGACAAGGCUUCAGUGGUGUAAAGUAUAUGAUGGGUAGGUAUCUUUUGUGGGAAAAUGAACUGCCUAGGAUUGGAAUUAUCUUUGCCAAGUUGAUUAUCUAGACUCUAGUAGGAUGCCAAUGAUCUUGUUUUGGUAUCAUCAACCUUUGGGUAUUUACUCUAGUAGGUAACAUGCUUAUCAGAUUCACGGGUUGACAAGGCUUUAAUGGUCUAAGUAUAUUAUGGGUGGAUAUGUUUUGUUGA